UACCUUAAUGGCAAAUGGCAGUGAUGCACCACAGAUUUUCUUCAUUUCUAACAUUCAUCUGUCUACAAUUCCCCACACCUGAUGGACACCCUGGUAAUGUCUUCCUGCUUAUAAGCGCCACAAUUUUACACUCUCCAUGACUAAUAUUACAGAGGCAGCCAUUGACAGAAAGUGCGAGUCUGUGCAGCAGACUAUCUGACUGGAAGCUUUCAAGGCUGGAAUUCUGGCUACUAUUCCUGCAGUGGACAUCCUCAGGAAUGAUGUGUAGAGGCUGAAGGUGAAGUUAAACCACUAUCGAGUUCUCUUUGGAGUGGAUGAUGAAUCCCUAGAAGUCAUGGCCAAGGAUUCCCAAGUGCCUGUUGAACAACUGAAAAAGUCAUUAAGUCUCCUUAUUUGUUGGAAAUUAUGAAAGAAGAGACAUUAGGAGAAACAAUUUUUGAAAUGUGUUCCUGCCUGUCUUGCAAGCUUCUCCUCUAUGUCCCCACUCAGUUUCCAAACUCCACAUUCCACAUUCUUGUUGAUUUUAGGACUGUCCAGAAUUCACUGCCAAGAAAUGAAGAAAUACUAGAAUGAGAAAUAGCUGAUAGUUAUUUUUCCCUUUCUUCUUCUUGGAAAUGCAAGAAAUUCUCAAAAACAAUGAGAUCAGUGAACUUUAAUGAUUGGCCAACACACUUUUAGAAGGAAGGGGCAGAAGUCAGAGAGUGUAUAAACUCUGCAGAACUACCUUGAACGUGCUGCUUUUCCAUGAAGAAGCAGGGAUGGGUUGCAAGGGAAGAGACUCAAGCACACAGGAGCGUGGUUCCUGCAGCUGAACCACAGUGAACGCAGACCCCAGACCCAGGAUAAUCUGACCACCAGACCAAGAAUAGUGCCACCCACAGUGAGCUGGGACCUCCCACAUCAAUCUUCAAUCAGCAAAAUGUUCCACUGAAAUGCCCCAAGUCCAAUGAGAUGGGAGCAACUCCUCAAAUGAGACGUUCUCCUUCAAAAUGACUAUAGUUUGUAUCUGGUUGGAAAAAACAGCACAAAAUAAACGGGAACUAGUGAAUAUCAAAAUGUAACUAAGGCUGCAGCAUAGUGAAGGAACACAGUGCUAAGCAUAAAUGCAUCUUUGAUCUCUGGCAACCUACUCUCCCUUCCUUCUUUCAGUGACUUUUUAAAAAUCACAAUCAUGGGUCAGUCGUCCUCUGAUACAGCUAAGGAUGGAGGUCAUGAAGAUUUAGUGUCCAGCUUCACUGUAUAUUUAAAGACGAUGAAGAGAGAAAAGGAAAUCAUUUCUGAGGAAAACAUCCGUUUAAUACAAUUGCAUCUGAAAAAAGGAAACAUUAAGGGGGCAAACUCUGUAAUCAGUAAGGCAUUAAAAAAUAUUGAUGAGGCCCCAAUAAGCAUUGCUCUGACAGGAGAAUCUGGGGCAGGGAAGUCCAGCUUCAUUAAUGCCCUGAGGGGAGUUGGGGCUGAAGACCAAGGUGCAGCAAAAGUUGGAGUAGUAGAGACAACUAUGGAGAGAACUCCAUACAAGCACCCCAGAAUUAAAACUUUGACUCUAUGGGACCUGCCUGGCAUUGGAACUAUCAAUUUUCCGCCAAAGGAUUAUCUGGAGGAAGUGCAAUUCCAAGAGUAUGACUUCUUCGUUAUUGUUUCUGCCACACGUUUUACAAAGCUCGAAUUAGAACUUGCCAAAGCAAUCAGAUUCAUGAAAAAGAAUUACUACUUUGUGAGAACCAAGGUAGACAUUGAUUUACACAAUGAAAAGAAAUCCAAGCCACGCACAUUUGACAAAGAAAAUACCAUGGCGAAGAUCCGAAGCUACUGUGAGAACACGUUUAUUCAGAAUAACAUGGAUGCACCACAGAUCUUCUUGAUUUCAAGCAGUGUUUUAUCUGACUAUGGUUUCCAAAUCCUGAUGGACACCCUGAUAAAGGAUCUUCCUGCUCAGAAGCGUCACAAUUUUACUCUUUCCAUGACUAAUAUUACAGAUGCAGCCAUAGACAGAAAGCGCGAGUCUAUGCAGCAGACUAUCUGGCUGGAAGCCUUCAAGGCUGGACUGCUGGCAACUGUCCCUGCAGUGGGCAUCCUCAGGGAUGAUGCGGAGAGGCUGAAGGUAAAGUUAAACCACUAUCGAGUUCUCUUUGGAGUGGAUGAUGAAUCCCUGGAAGACAUGGCUAAGAAUUCCGAAGUGCCUGUUGAACAACUGAAAGAAAUCAUUAAAUCUCCUUAUUUGCUGGAAACUAAGAAAGAAAAGACAUUAGGAGAAAUAUUUUUGAAAUAUUUGGAGAUAUUUGCCUCAGCUAAUGGUGGGCUCCUUGCUGCAGGUCUUUACUUCGGGAAAACCUUUUACUUGCAUCACAUCUUCCUUGACGCUGUGACUGAAGAUGCCAAAGCUCUCCUCAGAGAGACAUACUCAAAAAGUAGUUCAAACUCACCUGACCCACAGCUACUGACCAUGAAUAAGUGCUACUCUUUCCUCAUAUCCCUGACAGGAUUUGUUGUCAUUUGUUUUGUUUUGUUUUAUCUUGACCUUUGGGAAUGGAAUAAUAUGUAAUCUUCAAAUAAGCUUUAAUAUUCAGAUUAUUUUAAUUUUACUAUAAAGAAAACAAAUGUGUAAAUUUUUAAACAAAUAGUUAAUUCUACAACAGCCUUUUUAUUCAAUUAUUUGUGAGGCUAAGCCUUCAAUCCAGGCUUUGUAUGUGCUAGGCAAGCAUUUUAUCCCAAAAGUACACAUCUCACCUUGUGUUAGAUUUUAGAUUUCAAUAAACCAAUAAUUUGACUAAUAUAGAAUUAUCAAUUCAUAUUAUCUAAUUGUCAUAUCUGUCUUUCCAACAAAAAAUGAUAAAAUGUGGAUUACAUAGUGUCAUAAUUGUCACAGAUAAUGUAAAUGAAAUAUGUUCUUCACUGUUCAAUAUAAUUGAACCAAUAGUCACAUAUUUUUUAAAUCGUUAAUAGUAAUCAGAAUUAAUGUGAAUACCUUGAGGACAUUUGCAAUUCUUUCUUUUGAAGCAAAUUUCUUAUUUAACUACAGGAGAAUGUGGAGGCCAGAGGACAACUUGUGUAGUUGCUGUUAUCCUUCCACCAUGAGGUUCAGGGCAUCUGACUCAACAACUCAGGCUUGUGUCUGGGACCUGCUGAGGCAUCUCACAUUCCAGCCAGGGUGAGCCUGGACAAGGCAGUUAGCACAGUGGAGAUGCUCUGGCUGCCCAGAGGAUGCUGACCUGACUGUGGGCUGCACAGGACCAGCUGGACUAGGUAGACUUACCUCUCAAAUGCAUAAAAGGAAGGAGGGAUAGAAAGCAGCUCCACAUGGGGAGGCAGGCAUUAUGUCGGCAGUCCCUUAGGAGUUUCAAUUUGCAUAUCACUGGUGGCCAAUGGUGUUGCACACUUUUUCAAAUGCUAAUUUGACAUUUAAAAUUUUUUUUAAUAUCAGACUUCUCCAUUCAAUUCCAAGGUCCAUUUUUAUUGGGUUGUUUGUUUUCCUAGUAUUUACUUUUUUAAAUACCUUAUACAUUCUAGCUAAUCCUCUGUCAUAUUUGUAGCUGGUAAAGGUUUUCUCCCAUUCUGUGGGGUGUUUCUUCUUUGCCUGACAAAUUUCUUUUUAAACAAAAUGUUUCUAUUUCAUGAGCUCCCAUUUUUUUAUUAUUGCCCUUAUUUUCUGAGAAUCAAAAUCUGAUCCAGAAAGUACUUGCUUCUUCCCCUGUCUUAAGUGGACUCCCUGCUUUACCUUAUAAAUUUGGGCUGUCCAGACUUAUGUUGAGGUCCAUGGUCUACUUGGAGUAGAGUUUUGUGCACAGUGAGAGAUAGGAAGCUAAUUUUGUUCUUCUACAUGUAGCUGCCCAGUUUCCCAGCACUCUGUGUUGAAGAUGCUCUUUUCUCCAUUUGGCUUUUCUUUGUGGAAAAUCAAAUGGUAGUAGUUGUAUGUACUAGUUGGUGGUCCUCUGUUCUAUUACAUAGAUCUGUGAGUUAGCUUCUAUGCCAGUGUCAUACUGUUUUUAUUACUACAACCCUGUAGUGUAACUUGAUGUCAGGCUUGGCAAUAGCUCCAACAAUGUGCUUUUUACUCUGGAUUGCUUUGGCUGUCAGAGUUUCUCCUGUACUUCCAUAUGAAUUUUAAGAUAUUUUUCUAUCUCUGUGAAGAAACGCAUUAGGAUUGCCAUUGGGAUUGCAUUGACUCUGUAGAUUGCUUCCAAUAAGAUAGCCAUUUUGACAAUAUUGCUUCUUCUAAUACAUGAGCAUGGAAAAAUCA